AUGGCGUUCACAAUGCACUCCCACUCGGGGCAGUUCUGCCCCGGCCACGCAAAGGACCAGCUCGAGGCCAUCAUCCAGCACGCCAUCAGCAUAGGCUACAAGACGAUGGGAUUGACGGAACACAUGCCCCGCCUCGAGACGUCAGAUCUUUACCCCGAAGAGCUCGAAGAAGGCGACCCCGAAGAGGCCAUCGCGAUCCUCGCCCCGCGCCACGAUGCCUACCUCCAGGAAGCCCAACGCCUCCGCGAAAAGUACGCGCCCCAGAUCGACCUCCUCAUCGGCUUCGAGGGCGAGUGGUACCGGCCCUCCUACGGACCCUUCAUCAAGUCCCUCGCCGCGCACCCGGCGGUCGACUACUUCAUCGGCUCGCUGCACCACGUCAACGCGGUGCCCAUCGACUACAGCCGCGAAAUGUACGUCGACGCCAUGAACACGGCCGGCGGCUGCGAGGAGAAGAUGUACGAGCGGUACUACGACCAGCAGCACGAGAUGCUCGUCGCGCUGGAGCCCAGGGUCGUCGGGCACUUCGACCUUGUCAGGCUGAUGAGCGAGGACCCGGCGCGGGACGUGAGGAAGUGGAAGGGCGUGUGGGAGAAGAUCACCAGGAACCUGGAGGUUGUAAGGCGCUACGGGGGUCUGUUGGAGUGUAAUAGCAGCGCGUUGAGGAAGGGGCUCGCGGAGCCGUAUCCUUGCCGGGUUAUUGCUGAGGCGUGGCUCGGCAUGGGUGGGCGGUUCACGUUUUCUGAUGAUAGCCACGGGAUUGCGCAGGUCGCGACGAACUACAAGCGCAACCUGGACUAUCUGGAGAGCUUGGGUGUGAAGGAGGUAUUUACGUUUGAACGGGGCCCGGUGGAAGGCGUGAAUGGGGAUGCGAAGUCGGUGUUGCGGGAGAAGGCCGUGGCGUUGGGUGUUUUUAGAGCCAACUUCAACUAG